AUGAUAAUAGCGACAACUGUAAUAACAGCAGAAAUAAUAUUCCUACCAAAUCAUACGAGAAUUUUAAAAAAAAAUAUACCUAUAUUACCUCUAACAAUAGUUUAUCUAGGUUAUAUGUUAAACAAUACAGUUAACUAUCAAUUGUGGAAUGAUUUAUGGCUAUUAUCUUUAAAUGAAUCUUUCUAUAGUAAUCAAAUUGAGCGUGUGGUCACCAUAUCUUUCCUUGCCUUCGAAUUUAUUCAACAACAUACUUUACUUGCGCAAGGCACUGAAAAUUAUGUAGAUAUAUACUCUGCCAGCUCUCCUAUUGUGAACCGUCUGUUUGAUAAUUAUCAAUUAGUGCUAUUAACAUUUAUUCAAUCCAAUAUUGAUUAUAGUUCAAUGCACUUUAAUCAAUGGGAUUUUAAUUCAUUAAUUUUGAUAUGGACCUCUUUUUUACAAUUUUUCGAUGGUUUACUUUUCAAUAAAAUAUCCUCAAAGAUAUAUUUUAAAAUCAUUAGUAUACAUUCUAUUUGGAAUCAAUUCAAUCAGAAUACUCUUAAAAACUUGAUACAACUCGGGAUAGACCAUCUAAUAAAUGAAUAUAUACCAGAUGACUUGCUUGUGUGUCUUCCCUCUAUAUUGUAUUUGGAAGCAAACAAUAACGGAUUUUUGAAUAAAGAAAAAAUGCUUACCUUAGGUAACUUUAAAUCGAUGGAAGAUCUACAUAAUUUAAUAAUCAAAAUUAAUCAAUGUUACAUUCAAAACGAUAAUUAUCGUAGUAAAACCAGCAACACAAAUAUUUCACGCGUUAACACUAAUCAAUACAAUGAUGCCCUGACAAUUGUUAAGAUAUCACCUAUUUUAAUUAAUAAUUAUUUUAGUACUAAGACCACAAAAUGUAUAAACGAAACAGUUCCAAAAUCUGGAAAAUAUAUAAGCAAUGAUAUUAAUAUAUGGAAGAAAAACUUGAUAGUAUCCAUAGCACCACAAAGAUUUAAACCUAUCAUUAAAAGUUAUGCUAUUAUCCCAACCACUCUGUCACAUUGGUUAUUAAUAGAGACAACAUGGUUUGAAUUCAUUAAAAACCUAUCGAAUGCUGAAUAUAUUUUUAAGAAAAAUUGGUUUCUUGACAACAUGUUAAAUGAGAAUAUAGUCUUUGAUUCUGAAUCAAUUAAUAAUAAUUUAAGUAUAUGUUCAUUACCAGUGAUUCUAUUGGUAAUAACUCCCACUACAAAUUAUUUGAACGUUUUGUCACGUAGAUUUAAAAGAUUCUUACCUUUAAUUAUUGAUGUGCUUUUAAUUCAAUUGAAAUUAAUUUGUUCCGAAUUAAAUCUAUCAUCAAGGAAUGAUAAAACUAAGAUUGGUGGGUUUUUGUUAAAUCCUCUUAUCCAAUUAUUAUUAUAUGUUUGGUAUAUCAUAAUCUACAAAAUGGAUGGUACAAUUGCACCAGUAUAUUCUCAGUCAGAGGUUGAUUCAGUGAAUACUUUUAUGAGUAAAUACAUUAUGAAUUUAGAGAAACAUAUUGAUACAGACAAGUUGCUUGAACAAGACUUAGAUAAAAUACUAUUUGACAAAGAAGCUCCAGAGCAUAUGGGUUUCAAUUUUUUUUUAAAUCGUGUCACAUCUUUUAUUAAAAAUGAACUGUUACUAAAUAAAGUGUUGUCAUCCCCUUAUUUAUCUAAUAAUAUCAAGUUUAAAUUAAUUGAAGCUGUUAAAAUUUUUAAUACAGAUGACAAUUAUAUUGUAACAGAUCAAUCUGCUAUAAAUAAUAUUGCCAAUGAACAUGGCACGGGCACCAUUACUAGCAUAGCAACAGCCAAUAACAAUAACUCUCUUAAUUUUGUUUACAUAGACGAAGAUAUCAAUAGGAUGGCAAGUUCAAAACAAAAUGAACCCCUCACUUUGGAAACUAAACCAAUAAAUUUCAAUUCUUUAUCGACAUCACUAUAUACUUUAGGAAGCCAAAAUUUAACAUCGCCUUUCAGAAAAAGAAAUUCAACAUCAUCAAGUAGCAAUUCAGUAUCAAAACCAACCUCUAGUGGAAGACUCUCAUUGACAUUGGGUGUAUCUCCAAUAUCCUUAUCACCAUAUUUAACCCGAAGAAGAUCUUCUGUUAUGUCAGUUACUGACGAUGGUAAGAAUUACCUGUUACCACCAUUAAAUUUUGAUCCUAUCCAAAUGGACACACCACUUUUAUCAUCUAUUCAAACUAGUCUAUCUAAUGAGGCAAUUGCAAGUAUGAUUACAAAUCCAAUAACAAAUUCUAAGAGUGCAAAUAAGAAGGGUGGUUUUUACUUGAAUGAAAGUUUAAAUGGUAUAAAUAAUAACAAUAAUACAUUUAAUUCAUUGUAUAAUUAUGAUUUAAAAGAUGCUAUUAGAAAAAGCCCAUUGACUAAAAAGAGGAGAGCAUCUGUACCAAUUAUUCCAACCAAAUCCACAUUUUUGACCGGUUCAAGUAGUAGUAAUAGUAUUAACACUAGUGUUAACCAUGCAAAGAAUAGUAUUUUUUUCAACAGUGGUUUACAUUCACGAACGCCGUCUUCCAAGAAUAGUGUUUUUAGACACCCAGUUGUACAUUCUUAUGUUAAUACAAAUAUUCCAUCUAGUUCAACAUUAGUCUCAGGAUCUAUUUUAUUAUCUAAUAACCAUGUAUUAGCUAGAUCAACAAGCGGACGUAAUAGUGGAAUUACCCACCCAUCAAAUUUGGUUAACAACUCGAUUGAUAUGUCAAUUAAUGAUAAUAAUAGUUCUACAGUCGUCAAUAGUCUUGCACCUAGGGAAGACCUGCCAGAACCAAACAUACAACUACCUUCACCAUGA